AUGGCGAGUUAUUUAACAAAUUCUCUUUACUGGAAACAGGUUGAUGUACUGACAAGAAGGGUAAAACAAAGAAAAAGAAGGAUUAAUCAGCCGCACCAGUACUUUAUGCAAAACUUAUUUAUUCUGAUAAAUCAAAGAAAAUACUUUCACUAUUUCGCACAAAAGGAAAUGAUAAAGUUAAUCCUUUUGAUUAUUUGAAUCAAUAUUGCAAGGUUAAAAUGGCACUCAUUAUCGAGAGUAUUUAUCUCUCAAAAAAUAUUGAUUCGCUUCAGAUAAAGGUUCAUGAGGCCUAUAUCAAGCCUCUAAAACCAAUAGAAGCAUUACUGUCAAUCAAAGAAAGUGAUGAGGAGGAAAAUGAAGAA